GGCGUCGCAAUAAUAGCACGGCUACGACAAUCACGCCCGCGAUACACCUAAACCGCGCGUGUACGGCGGCGGAGGAGUAGGUGCGUCGUUUGCACGCGUCACGUCCCUCGGCGCACUUUAGCACCACCCCCGCCGCCCCCUCCCUCCUCUUCGGCCCACCAUGACCCAACCCUUCUUAUCUCUCACUCUUCUAACCUACGCCUCCUCUCCUCCGCUCCCUUUUAUCCUUCACCUUCCCCUCCUCCUCCUCCUCCUCCUCCUCCAUCAUGUCGACUCCUGACGAUGGAUCUCUCACAUCUGUCGCCCACGCUGACGCCUCCGCAGCCGCUGUUACGGUUGCCGCCACGACGCGGAGGGUUCCGCCUCCGUGCUGGACCGACGAAGAAACCCUAGCCCUCGUCAACGCCUACAAGGAAAAGUGGUUCGCCCUCCGCCGCGGUAACCUCCGCGCCGCUGACUGGGACGACGUCGCCGCCUCCGUGUCUGCGUCGUCUUCUGGCGAAGGUCCACCGAAGUCGGCUAUACAGUGCCGCCACAAGAUCGAGAAGCUCCGGAAACGGUACCGCGCCGAGAAGCAGCGGUGCCUUAACCGACCAGGCAAGUUCUCUUCCUCCUGGGAUUUGUUCCCUCUGUUGGAUGCCAUGGGGUUCGCGCCCCCGACGCCGGCGGCCGUCGAAUCUCAGGACCCUGAUAUGGAACAUGAUUAUGACAUCAAAGGCGGCCCCAUGGACGGAUUCAGGGCUAGUAAAUCUAAAAGGUUUGGAAAAUUGGAUGCCUUUUCUGAUUGUGGUCGAGAUCUCGGAGACGGGUUUGGAUUUAGGUCUAGGGCGAAAAAUCACAUGCAAUUUUCUGGUGGUUUCAAGGGUGAGUUUGAUUCGGAUUACGAUUCGAGUGGUGGGUUUGGAUUGAAGAGGAAAUACAACGGGAAUUUUAAGCCUAGUGUUGAUCUCGAUGGCGAUUCGGAUGACGAGAUUAUGUUACAGCCCAAGACGGUUAGGACUAAGGCUCACGGCAAACCUUCCACCGUCGGUUUCAGCCACGCCGGCGGUGGCUUCCCUAUCAAGUCGUUUGGUGACAGGAACUUUGCUUCUCCUGGGUUCAAGCCCAAGAGCUUCAGCAGGUCUGACGUGGAUUUCUCUCCCAAUCUCGAUUACGACGAUGAAAUCUAUGGUGGAACCAACAGAGGAGAUGGAUUUAACCAGCGGAGUCAAGGUUCACGGGGCUCGAUACAAGCAAACGGGAACUACACCCGCUAUGCAGGUGCUCCGAAUGGUUACGGAUCUUCAUCAAGAUUAGGUUAUGGACAGAGCAAUGCAGCAGAUACAGAACCCGACCCGAUUGAUGAGGUAGUAUCGUCGAUCAAGAUGUUAACAGAGAUGUUUGUAAGGGUGGAGAAUUCGAAGAUGGAGAUGGCGAAGGAGAUGGAGAAGACACGAAUGGAGAUGGAGCUGAAGCAUUGCCAGAUGAUGCUUGAAUCGCAGCAGCAGAUCAUCGACGCCUUCACUGAAGCAUUGAUCGAGAAGAAGAGGAAGAAGAAGGAGAACGAGAACGCGAAGAACUCAAUCAAAAGCACUCAAGCGUGAAGAGAGAGGUAGUGAACUUGACUAUAAUUGAUCAUCUAUAAGUUUGCUUGGUAUGAUUAACAGCGCUGAAGGGUGGUAGAACAAAAAGCGGCCUCUUCUUGUUUAGUGAGGGGAGAAAAAGGACCGUAAGUGAAAAACCUGACGCUUAACUGGUCGGAUUCCGAUUCACUUUCACUUGGUUAGUAUAAAUAGCGUUUUUGGAGGGAAGGAUGUAGACGGCUGAAUUGUUGUUCUGCCAAAUUUGCUUUUUGGUAGGAAGGAAGAACUGCCCGUAUCUCUUCUAUGCUUUUAGUUUCUUGUUUUUUGUUUUUCUGCUA